AUGUCGAACCAACAGGCCCCAACUCGUCCAUGGUUUCGUUUAGCGUCCAUUUCAAGGCCAACACCUCAAGCACCUACUCCAACACCUGAACCAGCUCCAGCAAUGCCACGAUCGACCACGAUUCGACCUGCAUUUCGACCUACGGGAGGUGCUUCCUCCGUUCCGACAUCACCUGUGUCUGUUGGUAGAGGAUCUCAGCCGUCUUCUCCUGCCAAAAGUCCUACGACUGAAGUUAGUUCUACAACUGCUUCGGUGCCCAAUUCCGCGGUGAAAGCGGCUCCAACUGCAGCGAGGUCACCUGUUUCUCCACCGAAACCGGCGAAAACUUCGUCAUUGCCUUCUUCUCCAGCCAAGCCAAUGGCAACUACUGCCUCUGUUCCCUCUUCUCCAGCCAAGCAAGUGGCGACAACUACAUUCUCGGUUCCAACUUCACCAGCCAAGACAGCCCCAACUACAACAUCGGUGACUAACUUUACGACCACUACGAAUCGUGUGGCUAGCCCUCAAGCAUCGACAGUCAAACCUGCCAUGCAAUCUCCAAUUCAAUCAUCAAAGAUCAAACCACCAACUGCUCCACCACCUUCUCCUUUGACUCUCCCACCUCCCCAGGUGAGAGCUCAAGCUGAUCUCGAACCCAAGAUCCCUGUCGAGGCAGAGAAAAAGACUGUGCUCGUUCAAGAGAUGAUCGACAAGCCCAAGGGGCUUUUCGGUGCCCCUCAAAAGGAUACCGAUGACACUCGCUACCCUAGCAUUCAUGGACAGAGGGAACCGUCCAAGCAUGGGGAAAUGAAGGAGAAAGGCAAUGGCAAGAAGUUGUCUUCGGAUUCGGAGGAUUCUGGUAUGAGGGUCAUAACAAUCGCUGGUGAGAAUAAAGGUGCUUUCAUGGAGCUAAUCAAAUCACCCCACAGAAAUGGUUUCCAGGGAAGUCCUCACCGCCUCCAGAAGCCGGUGACCGGCAGCAGUGACGGAAGCGUGUACCAUAGCUACAGCAGCAGCGGCGAGGAAGGCGAUCUCAAGAUGGAGGGCAAGAGCAACGGAUCGAACACUGCGCCAAUGAAUGCGUUCAUGAACAGCAAUGUGCAAGGCGUUAACAACUCGAUCGUCUAUAAUUCUUCAUGCACUCACCAUGACCCCGGUGUGAACCUUUCUCUCCACAUAAAACCAAAUGCCGGCGGACUCCAUUUCAAGGAACGCACCAACGGCUACAACAGCUAA